AUGUCACGUACUAUGAAGUAUAUUACAGGUCUUGUGCUGGCCACUGCAUUUACAGCAUUAGUCAGUGCUGCUGGAGAGGAGGAUGUCUUUGAAUUACAACCUGAAAUCCACCACGUCUUUAGAGCAGCUGAAAAGAUGCCUCCUGCCAGUUUCUCCAAGUUAUUCACACUUAUUACCUUGUCUCCUUGGCUCGUUCUUCUUGGAGGUUGGCUCCAACUUGGCAUCACACCAGCCAAAGUGAUUUCAGAGCUCGUCUCAGGUCCAACAGUUCGUGCAGUAUCCAUCGCUGCCUUUGUCACAUCAUUACUCGCUGUCGAAUACCUCUUUUACCUUUAUUGGACUCAACUCAACUUGUUUCAAACUUUGACUUAUUUGAGUGGAUUAACUGUCAUCACCUUCUUUGCUGGUCAACGCGCUUUAAGUUCAAUCCAGAGUAGAAGAAUUAGUAAUGAAUUGAAGAAAUAA